CUCCAUGUUAAAAGCAUGGUUGUUAAGGGUGCCUAAUCUGGGUGUGCUUUUUGUGAGAAUUUGAUUUAAGUUUUUUUUUCCUUAAGGUAAAUUUUACACACUAUAGUAGAGUAGCUGGGUGAUUAACCUGUUAUUGAUAUGGAUACUGACAAUAAGUUAAUUUAUUGAUCAGAUUAGCGCAGAGUCAGUCAGUGUAUUUUAAGAAAAAAAAAAAGGUUGCAAAUUUGUGGUGCAGAGAACUUCAAGUUGAACUUGCUCCUCAGAAUAUGGGAGGAACUCAUUCAUUGCUCUAAAGGAAAAUCUCAGGGGUGAGGAAUUUAAGCGUUGCCGUGCAUUUUUCUGUGUGACAUACUUUAAAAAUAAUCAUGGAGAACGUCGUUGUGGAAGAGAAGAGCCGCCGGGGCCCGGGGCUUCGAUUCGCGGAGCAACAGCUUCUUCGUCACGGCUGGAAACAAGGCAAAGGACUGGGAAGGAAAGAGAAUGGAAUCUCGGAGGCGAUUAAAGUCAAAGUGAAAUGUGACAAGGGAGGGGUGGGCCACCACCAGGGAGAGCAGUUUUCAUUUCACUGGUGGGACCAUGUUUUCAACAAGGCCUCUGCUAGUCUGGCUGUGGAAUCUGGUGAGGAUGGUGUGAAGGUGAGAAAGGUAGCUGAGGAGGAGGAUGCUACAGGGAUGAUCUCCAAUAAGAAGCCUCGCAAGGCAGAACUGACUAAGGCCAAGCUCUAUGGCUGCUUUGUCAAGUCGGCCACCCUUUUGUCAGGGCAGGAACAGCCGGAGAAAAAGACCUGUGGCACAGAUGACAGCAGUGGGUCAGAGCAUGAGGAGCAGGAGUUGGACCUCUCCACCACCACCAAGUUGUCGGAUGAAGAUCUAAUGAAAGCAUGUGGAGGUCGUACAGCUCACAAAGGAGCGAGACAUGGCCUUACCAUGAACGCCAAGCUGGCCAGAUUGGAGCAGCAGGAACAGGAGUUCCUGGCAAAGUACAGCAAAAAGACCCAAGCGACAGAAACCAUCUGCAGAAGGACAGUGUCCUCUUCUGGUGCCUCCCAGUCAAGAGGAGAGGAGGACCAGAACAAUGAGAGAGAAGGAAAGAAGGCCAAGAAAAAUAAGAAACGUUCCAGGGAGAACCAGGAAGACCUCGCGUUGGAGGGUAGGAAUGUUGAAGACGUUUAUGAAACAACACCUGAGGUUGUAAUUCACAAAUCAAAGAGGAAAAAACACUCCAAGGAAAAGAAUGACAGUACAGUGUCACAAGAAUCAAACCCGACAAGCUGCAUAGAAGCAGGCCGUACUUCUCAUAAAAAGAAAAAGCACUCAAAAAGCGAGAUGACGUUGACAGGUGAUAUUGGGAACUGUAGUGUGAUUAGUGAAACGAUGGAAAGCGCUAGAGGAGAAACCUGCACAGAUACCUUGGGAGAUACAGGCACAGUUGCUGAGAUAAACAACAAAGACAUUCUCAGAAAAAAGAGACACUCAAAGGGCAAAAAGGAGACUUUGGAUGGCACCGAUGAGGAAUUCGAUGAUGCUGGAGGACGGAAUGAAGUGUAUGCUGACCUCCCUCCGAAGAAGAAGAAGAAAAUACAAAGUAGUAUAGAUGUUCUAAGGCAGGGACCAGGAGAGGAACUGGAGGAAAAGCGAAAUGAAAAUAAAAAGACCAGACGAAAAGAAACGAGAGUGACUGAGGGUGAAUUGCAGUGUGAAGCCAUGACUGUAGUGAAGAAAAAGAAGAAGGAAAAGAAGAAGAAGAAGAAGAAGAAAUCAGAGGAAACUGGAGCAUGAUUGAUGUGUCUGUACAGUAAACUGCAGUUGUGAAUGGGAUGCGACUGACUGCUAUUUGUAGAGAGCAGUGUCAUUGUCUCACUUUAUGAUGGUGGCGUGUCCAGGUGUCACUGUGGAUAAAUGGAUAUAAGAUUUUAUGCUCAUGCAGUGUAAUAUGUACAUCUUUCCGGAAGUAUCCUUUCAGUCGCCCAUUUUCCCAGAGAAUAAACAAGAUUUUAAUGUUGCUGGUUUUCUCUUGUGGUUGGUUCAUAAAUGAGACAGCACUUUGUGGUAAAAGGUCUUACAAAAAGAUUCAGCACUUUAUUCUCAGAAGGGCAUCAUUGAGCUGUUCACAGUUCACCACUUUAUAAUAUUACUUUCACUAAUGUAAAUUUGUUAUUGGACCAAAAAUUGUCCAUUUACAUUUAGCUGGUGCUUUUGUCCAAAGCAACUUUACCCAUUUA